AUGUUCAACGCUGUAGUCGCUCGCUAUUCCUCCCCUGCCACAGCAGCUUUCGGCCGCCUUAUCCUGCCCUUCCUGUUUCCCGAGUUGUCGUCCUUUGCCACUGUAGAGGACCUCAUUACCCACCUUCGCGCUGUUGAAGCUCCCUACCGUGCUGCCCUCCCAGACGAGUUCCUCCCCAAGAACGAGCCCCCGAUUUACAUCACUCUCUAUUUCAUUGUCACUCGCCUCCCUGAAUCACUUCAUGCAGUUAGGGACCACUUUCUCGCACUUUACCCCACAAAGCUCACCAUCGACCUGCUCGAGAAGCAACUCCUUGCAGCUGAGACUAGUGCAGUCGCUGUAGGUGCUACUCGUGGCACUCCUCGCACACCCCUCUUUGAAAGGUGCUCCCCCUCCCCUCUUGCCCCCUCUGUUGCUACUGCUGCUGCUGUCGACUUCCUUGGUGCUGAGGAGGUCGGUGCCGCUUCUGCUCCUUGUGCAAAGCGUCGCAGCGGCAAGGGCAAGGGCGGCAAGGGUAGUGGAGGUGGUGGCGGAGGAGGUGGUGGUGGAGGUGGUGGAGGCGGUGGAAACGGCGGACGCGGCGGUGGUGGCGGUGGGAGUGGUGGUGGGAGUGGGGGCGGUGGCGGCAGUGGCGGCGGCGGCGGUGGGAGUGGUGGCAGUGGUGGUGGCGGCGGAGGGGGUAGUGGCGGUGGCGGCGGCGAAGGCAGUGGUGGUGGUCGGGCUGGAGCAGUUCAGCGUCAGCAGCAACAGCGCUCGCGUGCGCCCCUCACGCCCCAGCAGCUUCGUGAGUGGCUUGCUCAGCGUGGAGGUAGUGCUCGCUGCCCGUACGCCAUUCGCACAGGUGCCCGCGCUGGUCAGAUGUGUGGGAAGGCUCACACCCAGCACCGCUGCUUCUCCCGCCUAGACGACGCUUGGCGCACUAAGAUGGGCGAGGAGAUUGAGAUGCCCCGCUGGGCAGACCUGCUUAGGGCUGGUGUUGAUAUCUUUGCUCUUGACUUUGAUGCUAUCAUUGCUGGCAUGUAUGCUUUGACUGUUAGUGUUGAGGGUGACUGUUACUUGUGUGUGCCGCCCGACCCAGGUAUAGAGGCUGCUGCUCUAGGUGCUAGUGCGUCUGCUCUCUUUGGUACUGCGCCUGCUGAGGCCUUGCACACCUUCACGCUUGACUCAGGUGCUUCCCGCUAUUUCUUUCGCGAUAGUACCACACUCAUACCACUCCCUAGACCGGUUGCGGUCUCCCUGGCUGACCCCUAUGGGGGUCCAAUGCUUGCACGUUCCUCCACUGUUCUCCCGUGUCCGGCGGUUCCGUCCGGCUCACUGUCAGGUCUCCACCUCCCCUCGUUCUCGACGAACCUGGUGAGUACCGCGGCUCUUCAGGAUGAGUGGGUUGAUACCUUUACCCCUGGAGGCCAGCGUGUGGCGAUCUGCACGUGCUCCCGGACGGGCCGCCACCUGGCCACGUUUACCCGUCGGCCUGGGUCGAGUCUGUACACACUGACUACUGACCCUCCUCAGGUUGCUGCGUCAGGUCAGGUGGCUGCGUCAGGUCAGGUAGCUUCCCCCUGCGAGUGCCGUCACCUAUCGCACCAGACUCUCCUUUGGCACCACCGCCUUGGUCACCCCUCCCUGCCACGCCUUCGUGGCAUGCACUCCUGCCUCCUGGUCACCGGUCUUCCCUGGUCUCUUCCUUCCCUCCCGCCCUUGCCUGCCCCGCCCUGCAUUCCUUGCAUCGAGGGGCGGCAGCGCGCCGCUCCUCACUCCUCCUCGUUUCCCCCGACGAUUGCUCCCCUGCAGACUCUCCACAUGGACGUGUGGGGCCCAGCCCGCAUCCAGGGACAGGGCCGUGAGUGGUACAUUCUACUUGUCGUCGACGACUACUCGUGUUACACCACGGUCUUCCCCUUGCACACCAAGGGUGAGGUCCCUGCUGUCUUGAUCCCUUGGAUCCGCGCUGGGGAGGGCAUCCUCCAGUCGUUCAUGCUUCCGGCCUCACCGCAGCAGAAUGGGGUUUCUGAGCGCCGCAUUGGCUUAGUCAUGGAGGUCGCUCGUACCUCCAUGAUCCAUGCGGCUGCUCCCCAUUUUCUGUGGCCGUUUGCGGUCCGGUACGCUGCGCAUCAGCUCAACCUCUGGCCCACGCUGCGUUGGACGGGGAAGGUUGGCGAUGCGUCGCGGUUCCGGGUCUGGGGCUCUCGUGCCUUUGUCCGCGAUACCACCGCGGACAAGCUCUCCUCUCGCGCCAUUCCCUGCGUCUUCCUUGGCUUUCCCCCUAACGCGCCUGGCUGGCAGUUUUACCACCCCACUUCGCGCCGUGUCUUCUCCUCUCAGGACGUCAUGUUUGACGAGUCGGUUCCCUUUUACCAUCUCUUCCCCUACCGCACUGCCCCUCUCCCCCCCCCCGCCGCUCUUCCUCGCUCCAGGUCCCCCUCCGGUGCUGCUGGGGGUGGCCCUGCUCGGGGUACUGCGUCUGGGGGUGCUGAGACUGAGCGUGCGGGGCCUGGGGGUGCUGCGUCUGGAGGUGCUGAGCCUGGGGGUGCUGAGCCUGGGGGUGCUGAGCUUGGUGGUUCUGAGCGUAGCCCCUCUCGCCGCAGCAGCUGCGCGAGUGGCUCGUCCGACGCGCCCGCCUUUGGAGUCGCGCUGGAGCUGGAGACCCUGGAGCUGAGGGCACCGACGCUGGCGCUGGAGGUGCUGACCUUGGGGGUGCUGAGACUGGAGGCACCGGAGCUGGAGGCGCUGGCACUGGUGGUGCUGACGCUGGGGAUAAUGGGGCUGGAGACCCUGUGCAGCAGCGUAAGCCCCUCUCCCCACAGCACCUGCGCGAGUGGCUUUGCCGUCGGAGUCGCGCAGGAGCUGGAGGCGCGGGAGCUGGGGGUUCUGGCGCUGGUGACGCAGGAGCUGGAGGCAGUGGAGCUGGGGAUGCUGGAGCUGGAGCUACUGGAGCUGGCGGCGCUGGUACUGGAGGCGCUGGAUCUUCCUUCGUCCACUGCCCUUCCCACGGACUCACCGCUGCCUGCCCCGUCUCGUUACACUGAGCAGCCGGUCUCCCUUACAGAGCGUCGCGAGCCUGCGUCUCGCCCUGUCUCCCCUGUCCGCACUGCUCGCACCGCUCGUCGUGUCCCGCGUCCGCGUCCUCCUCCUGUGCCAGGUACUCACACUAUGGCACUUCGUCCUUCCUCUGCUCCACAGCGCGUCCCUCUGCCGUCUCCUCCUGCGUCCUCUCUUCCUGAGAUUCCUGACCCUGAGUCUGACUGUGUUCGUGUUGCCAGCCCUACUAUCAAGCACUACGCCGCCAGUCUUGUUGCUGAGUCUGAGUCUGUCUGUCCCCCGUCCGUCGGGGGUGAGUGUGCUCUUGGCACGGACGUCCUUGAGGACACGCAGGAGGACUUUGAGUCUCUUGCGGCUGCUGUACCUCAUCUCAUGGCCUGGCUGCUUGCACCUGAGGGAGACCCGGAUGCACUGGACAUCCCGACCCCGCGCUCUUACGCAGAGGCGAUUUCGGGUCCCUACUCCUCUCAGUGGCAGACAGCCAUGGACGUAGAGAUGGCAUCCUGGAAGUCCACAGGCACCUACGUCGACGAGGUUCCCCCUCCUGGGGCGAACAUAGUCGAUGGCAUGUGGAUUUUCAGGGUGAAGCGGCCGCCGGGUUCUCCGCCUGUCUUCAAGGCUCGUUACGUUGCACGAGGCUUCAGUCAGCGACAGGGAGUUGACUUCUUCCAGACCUUCUCCCCUACCCCGAAGAUGACCACUCUUCGGGUGCUGCUACACGUUGCUGCUCAGCGUGACUAUGAGCUUCACUCUCUUGACUUCAGCACAGCGUUCUUGCAGGGCAGCCUGCACGAGGAGAUCUGGCUGCGCUGCCCACCUGGCUUUACUGGGUCGUUUCCUCCUGGUACCCAGUGGAGGCUUCAGCGGCCAGUCUACGGUCUCCGCCAGGCGCCUCGUGAGUGGCACGACACACUGAGGACGACACUUGCGGCUCUCGGGUUUGCUCCUUCGACUGCUGACUCGUCGCUGUUUCUGCGCACAGACAUUUUGCUGACGUCGUUCUACAUCCCCGUGUACGUCGACGACCAGGUGUUUGCCACUGCUGACACUGAGGCACUCGCCCUUGUGAAGUCGGAGCUGCAGAAGAGACACACGUGCAUAGACCUGGGUGAGCUGCGCAGCUACCUUGGCUUGCAGAUCACCCGGGACAGAGCACGCCGCACCAUCACCCUGACUCGGUCACACAUGGUGCAGCAGGUCCUUUAG